UUAGAGUUCACAAAAUAUUGAUGGCGGCCACAUGUCUGACGGAUGAGUGGCUACGCAGAAAACAGUCCUAUCACUGAUAUAUAUUUUAGAUCACGUCCAACAGAAUGAAGGACACACUGUUAUCCAACUGUGAGCGGGAUUUCUUACUUAAAGCCAUCGAGGAGAAAAAGCGCCUCGAUGGACGCCAGACUUAUGACUACAGAAAGAUUAAGAUCACAUUUGGAACUGACUAUGGAUGCUGCUAUGUGGAUUUGGGGAAAACCAGGGUCAUGGCCCAGGUGUCCUGUGAGCUGGUGGCUCCAAAAGAGAAUCGACCAAACGAGGGGAUCAUGUUCUUCAACAUUGAGCUAUCACCAUUGGCCUCACCAAUAUUUGAACAAGGAAGACAGUCUGAAUUGUCCGUUAAGUUAAAUAGGCAGCUGGAGAGAUGCUUGAGGAACUCCAAGUGCAUUGAUACCGAGUCUCUGUGUGUGGUGUCUGGAGAAAAGGUGUGGCAGAUCAGAGUGGAUGUCCAUAUGCUGAACCAUGAUGGGAACCUGAUGGAUGCUGCCAGUAUCGCUGCUAUCACCGCUCUGUGCCACUUCAGACGGCCUGACAUUGCUGUCCAAGGAGAGGAGGUCACUGUGUACAGUCCAGAGGAGAGAGACCCUAUUGCUCUGAGCAUCUACCACAUGCCCAUCAGCGUCAGCUUCUCCUUCUUCCAACAAGGGACCUAUCUGCUGGUGGACCCCUGUGAGCGGGAGGAGCGAGUGAUGGACGGCCUGCUGAUGAUUGCCAUGAACAAACACAGAGAAAUCUGCUCUGUCCAGUCCAGCGGAGGGAUCAUGCUGUUGAAAGAGCAGGUUUUGAGGUGCAGUAAAAUAGCUAGCGUCAAAGUGUCUGAAAUCACUGAGCUCAUCAGCAAAGCCCUAGAGAACGACAAGAAGGCCAGGAAAGCAGGUGGCAGAUGUGGUUUUGCGGAGUCUUUGCCUCAGGAGAGAAUCACAGCCCUGAAAAUGGAUGAGAUGCCGGUGGAGGUGACUGAUGUGACAGAACAAGCCUAUGACAUCAUCCAAAAAACCAAAGAACCCCCUCAGACUGUGCCAUCCCCAUUGGUACCGGCUCCAGGUGUUGGCCAGGUAGAUCAGGGCCAACAGAACACCUGGGGACUGGAAGAGGAGGAGGAAGAGAGGGAAGAUGGUGUUGAAGAGGAGGCAGUGAUGGAAGUGGAACAACAGAAGGAGGAGGAGAGCAAAGGAAAUAUUGUUGAGAUAUCUGACAGUGAAGAGGAGGAAGUCAUCAUACUUCAUCCAGAGACUCCAGACACACUUCAUAAAUCCAGUUGUCACCAGCAGGGGUCAGCAACGUCCAAGAAAAAGCACAAGAAAUGACGACAUAAACUUGUAGGCAGAGACUUGAGGGAAAUAAUCACCCCUGGAAAUCUAAGAUCCUGUCGUCUCAUUGUAAAGACCGGCUCAAAGGAUUUGUAGCUGCUAAUGCUGAGAGCUGGGAUCUUAAAGAAUGGGGUCUUUUAUUACUAUGUCGAUUACAAUGGCAAAAUAUUGUAUAUGUAUGUGAACAUUGAUGGUGUGAUUAAAGAAAAUAUUUCACUGUUGAAUGUUGUGUAAGAUAAGAUACUAUCUCUUGACAUGUACUGCAAGUGAAAUAUAAAGAAAGACAUGUAAACGGU